AAAAUGAGAAUUCACAUCAGUUGAGCUACUGAGCUUUCUAUUUUGAAUCAUGAGUCCCACGUUAUCGAUUUGCCUUUACUUGUAAAACCCCCUUCAAUUACCAGCUGUUUUUCUCACUUUCCCCACAUCCCGGAAAUAUACAGGGAAACAACGAUUUAAUUUUAACGAAUGCGGUUUGGUUUAUCCUCUGCAUUUUCCGAACUAUUCAGGUUUGUGAGUUUUCCCCGAAUCUCUCAAUUGUUUUCUAGGGUUUUGUCCGUUACUUUUGAAUGUUCCGCCAAUUUUCCUUUUAUGUUUCCAAGAUCUUUUUUUUUCUACCCCAACCUUUUGGAAUUCGUAUGUAUGAUUAGUUUGAGGUUCUGGCAUCAGUAGAGCUAGGAGCGAAAAUGUAAAAAAAAAACACAAAUCUUGAAGUUUAAUGGGUAACUUUUUCCUGUGCUUUGCCAUUUGAAUGGUAAUGUGGGAUUCUCUGAUUUCUGUUUAAUAGUAUGUUUGAAUGUUGCUACUGUACGACAUUGAAGAUCUGCUUGCAUUUCAAAAUAUUUUUGUUAUAAAGGUUAUGGGUCAUUUGAAAUACGGAGUUCGUAAAUAUAUAGCUAGAAUUAUAAUGAAACAGGAUAAAAAUGCAGGAAUUGUUUCGGUGCCACUGUUUAUAGCUAGAAAAGAUGCAAUUCAUUUGUUUAUAAAUUGGUUUGAACAAUGUGAAUCUGCUGCCAUUUGGCUGGACUAAGUUUUGUAAGCAAUGAGAGAUUAUUUUCAGUGACCCUUCUAGAGAUUAUUGGUAGUAAUGCCUUCUGCCGAGCAUUUUUGGGGUCACCGUACUUAUCAAGAUAUACCGUAAUUUAUUUGAUUCUUUCUUUACCACAGUUUUGAUUGAUAUUAUUGUGAACUGGUUGUCUGGUCAUAGGGCUAAUUUUUUUGUUGUUCUAGAGUAUAAUUAACGUUUCAUAAGUGUACUGGACUUUUUUUUGUUCCGGCUUUGAGAGAGACGAGUGAGGGUCAUGCGUCUCCCGUUAAUGAAACGCACGACAGAGAUGCGUUUUACAGAAAGACGCAUGACUCUCAUGCGUCUUUCAAUUUUUCGUUUUUUAAAGACGCAUUAGCGUCAUGCGUCUUAGGAAGAGACGCAUCUCCAUCAUGCGUCGCUUGUUUUUUUUAUUUAUUUUAUAGACGACGCAUGACUGUCAUGCGUCUUAGGGAGAGAUGCAUGAGGCUCAUGCGUCUCUAAUUUGCAUAAAUCAGACGGGCCAGACGUGACAGAGGGCAGACGCGAGAGCGCAACUCAGCGAUUUCGGCGAUUUCUUGGCGAUUUCCCGUCAUAUUCCGACGGGCCAGACGUGACAGAGGGCAGACGCGAGAGCGCAACUCAGCGAUUUCGGCGAUUUCUUGGCGAUUUCCCGUCAUAUUCCGUACUGGACUUUUCAAGCAACUGUCUAAUUAGUCAUGGAUCCAAAGUCGGAGAUUCAUGCAACCGAACACAGGGAGGGUGCCUUAAGUGAAGUUCGUAAUGGCAAUAUUUCUGGAAGAGUAGAAGUUUCUAAUGGUCUCGCUGAAGGGAAUGGGCAUUUCUGGGAAGCUUUCAAGAUUCCAGAAAUGAAAUUGGGUAAUUUGGAGAAGGUCUCCACACACUCACUUUUCACUAUUGUCGAAAAGAUUUUGGAUGACAGAAUUGAGAAAAACGAUGAGGACAUUCCUCAGCGAGUCGCAUCUGUGCUGAAACUAGUUGUGCAAGAAAUUGAGCAGCGGGUUUUGAAACAAGCAGACAAUAUGAGAAAGCAAAGCCAUCUGUACAAGUCUCGUGAAGACAGGUAUUGCUCCAAAAUUAAAGUAUUGGAAACACUUGCAACUGGAACUAGUGAAGAAAACGAGGUUAUUGUGACCCAGCUUCAACAGAUGAAGAUUGAGAAGGCCAAAAUUGAGGAGAACAAGAAGCGUGAAGAGCAAGAAUUAAUUAAGUUGAGGAAAGAAAGGGAUGCCUGUGAGAGACAAAUUUUGUCACUAUACGAAAAAGUCACAUUAGCCCAAAUCUCAUAUGAAGAGAACAUCUUACAAUUGAAGUCUAAGGCUGAGGAAUCCAAAGAUAAGCUGGAGAAGAAAAUAUUGAAUAUUGAGAGUCUUCUUACUGACUCAAGGAAGAAAGUAAAAGAGCUUGAGGACUCUUCAGAAUCAAAACUUAUGCAUUGGAAAAGAAAAGAACAGAGAUACAGACAGUUCAUAGAUUCUAAAGUUGUAUCGAUACAGGAUUUAAGGUUGGCAUCUGAGUCCAUAAAGCAAGAAGUCUCGAAGAUAAAAAAUGUCUAUGCUGAAGAAUUUUAUAACUUUGGAUUAAAUCUCAAAGGCUUGGUAGAAGCUGCUGAAAAUUAUCAUAGUGUGCUUGAUGAAAAUCGGAAAUUGUAUAAUGAGGUUCAAGAUUUGAAAGGAAACAUUAGAGUUUAUUGUCGUGUAAGACCAUUCCUCUCGGGACAAAGUGCAAAACAGACAACCAUGCAAUACCUUGGUGAGAAUGGAGAAUUAGUUGUUAUGAACCCCUCAAAACCUGGAAAAGAAAGUCAUCGUCUAUUCAAAUUCAACAAGGUGUUUGGUCCUGCAUCCACUCAAGAGGAGGUAUUUCGUGAUACUCAACCACUAAUCAGGUCUGUCCUUGAUGGGUACAAUGUUUGCAUAUUUGCUUAUGGUCAAACUGGUUCUGGGAAAACUUAUACAAUGACUGGACCUAAUUUGACAUCAGUUGCGGAUUGGGGAGUCAACUAUAGGGCUCUGAAUGAUCUUUUCAAUAUCUCUCAGAGAAGACAUAGUUCCAUUGCUUACGAGAUUGCUGUCCAAAUGGUAGAAAUUUAUAACGAGCAAGUGCGUGACUUACUCCGCAAUGACAGCUUUCAAAAGAGACUUGGAAUAUGGAACAUUUCCCAACCAAAUGGGUUAGCUGUGCCCGAUGCUAGCUUGCAUCCUGUAAAAUCAACUGAUGAUGUAUUAGAACUGAUGAGUGUUGGAUUAAUGAAUCGGGCUGUAGGUGCUACUGCUCUAAAUGAAAGAAGCAGCCGAUCUCACAGCAUACUCACUGUUCAUGUCCGAGGGACAGAUUUGGAGACCAAUGCUAUUCUACGUGGUUGUCUUCAUUUAGUUGAUUUGGCUGGCAGCGAAAGGGUUGACCGAUCUGAAGCAACGGGCGACAGGUUGCGUGAAGCACAACACAUCAACAAGUCUCUUUCGGCCUUGGGAGAUGUGAUCUUUGCACUUGCACAAAAAAAUGCUCAUGUACCAUACAGGAAUAGCAAAUUAACCCAAGUUCUUCAAAGUUCUUUAGGUGGCCAAGCUAAGACUCUUAUGUUUGUUCAACUUAAUCCUGAUGUAGAGUCCUACUCAGAGACUAUAAGUACACUGAAGUUUGCUGAGAGAGUUUCUGGUGUUGAAUUGGGUGCUGCUCGAAGUAAUAAGGAGAGCAGGGGUGUCAGGGAACUUAUGGAACAGGUAACUUCUCUAAAGAAUGCUGUUUCAAAGAAGGAUGAAGAAAUAGGGCGGUUACGGUCACUCAAAGCUAGUGGAGAUGGUGAAAGAGGUAGUUUGAACUCAGCAAGGUGUGGCUCUGCCUCUCCAAGAAGACACUCUGCAGGAGCACGGCCAAGCCCCAAAGUUUCGCAAGGGAAAAGUUCUUCCGAGAAGGUUGCUACAGAUGAGGAAAAUAACUCCGAGUAUAGUGAUAAGCAUUCAGAAGCUGGUUCUCAGCAAUCAGCUGAUGAAUUUAAACACCACAAAGAAUUCUUUCGCCAAUCACGACUCUCUGUUCUAGAUGCUGACAGAUUUCCGGACGACACUAGUUUAAAUAUUGAUGUAGUGGAUGGAGAAAAGAAUCCCAAUGAUGAUAUAGAGAUUCUGGGGUUAGGAGAGGAUGACUCUGAAGAGAGACUUAGUGACAUAUCAGAUGGGGUUCUUUCUAUGGGAACCGAAACUGAGGGUUCAAUUAACAGUAUAGUUGAGUACACCCUUUUCCCCGAGAAAUCAAAGCUAUUUAGAGAGACAACUGAUAAACCACGUGUGCCUGGUAAACAUCCGAAACCACCAACGAAGCAGGCUCAAGCAGGAUCUGCUCGAUUGUCUCAGAGCAAGAGCUCCUCCAAAAUUCCAAGUUACAGAAGAGCCACCACGGCUGCAACGGGUGGCAGUUCUUCAGCUAUGAAACCUUCCAAGAAAUGGCAUUAAGAUAUUGAUGAUGAAUUAGGUGUUAGAUUAGAAUUGUUGUAUUGGAAGAGUUCCUUUAGAACCUUUCUAUGGUGUAAAAUAUGUAGGAGUUAGGUCAGUGCUGCAAAUCAUUCAAGAAUGAGGAUGUCAAAUGGAAUUUGGUGGUGCUCCUUUUUGAAGCCAACCAAAUUUUAUCAAGUAUGGAUGGAUGUUUGGUAUUAAUUUAAAACAAAUUCACAGC